CACCCAAGGGUCGUGGUUUGAUUCGACUCCGGGUGGCCAAGAAUAAGCUUCAUGUUGCCAAAAUUGACGUCUUCACUAUGCAGAAGCAUAGUGAUGAACAAGCUGGUACUCGUGUUCAACAGAGAAUGAAAAAAAGUUUAAGGGAAAAACAAACGGCUUUCAAAUCGAAAUACAAUACCUUCAAACGUCUGGUGGAUGGAUUCAAUGCUGAUUUUCCAGAUGGACCCGUAUUUGAUUGUCCAUCAUUUGAAAAUUGCCGAGCUCUUUCGGUGUACGAUCCUUUUUGGGAUGUUGGUCAAUUGACACAUCCUGGUGAGGCUUGGGCAGUUGAUCCAAAGACGCAAGAGGGCAUACAGGCCUACCUUGCAAUGACGCACGCUCAUGAUGAGCUUACUCGGGUCGGUCGCGAGUGUUGUCAAAUGAUCAAGUGGGCUGCAAGUGUCAAACAGAAGAUAUCAGUACUCUGUGAUGCACUUGCACUACGAGAUGACAAUGUUAGUAGCCUUUCAAACACUUGGAUCAUAAAGAUAGGGGGGUCGGUAAAGGCAGACAUGGCUGAGCGCUUAGCUGAGAGCAAGGAAGUGUUGCUCUCACUUCUAGCCCACCUAACUCAGACUUGUGGUCGAUUAUGGAUCACAUGGAACGUUGGGAUGAUGAAAAUUGUCAACAAAACUCUUGAGUACAGUCGAUUGUCUCCAGAAAGUGAGACUGACCUCAAGAUUCAAUGGACCAAUUUAGCUUCAAGAUCUAGAGAAGCCUGGCGAAAUGUAGUGGAAGCCCCAAUUCUGGAGGCAGAGCCGCUUGACGUUGAUGAAGCCGAUGAGAUGGGGAUGGAUGAUAUGGAUUUUGAUGAAGAGCAGGAUCGAUUUGGUUGGUUUGAUGUAGGUGAUGAAGAUGAAGGCGAUGUGUAACACCAGGAGUAAGAUCCGAAUUAGAAAUCUCAUUUAUUUUUCCUUUAUCGUGACUUUGUAAACUCGACUUACCUUUUGGUUCUACUAAAACAAUAUGCACCUGUUAAUCCGUUCUUUGAUUGAGGUGAAUUG